UGGAAUGCUGCCUUCUUUUAUUCUGGGGCUUCUCCUUGGUCUGCAUCUGCUGUCCAGUAACCAGCCAUGAUUCUGCAGGCCGUCGUGCUCAAUGUGCUCUUCUGCUGUGUCCACAGUUUUCCAAUUGAGGUGGUCUUUAAAAAGGAUGUAAAGUUCUCUGACUACGACAUCGAGGUUGAUGAUGUCAGGAUCUCCACUCUACUGGAGAAGGUCAAAGUCAAUGAUGACCGUGCCAUGGAGGAGGAGGAGGAUGUCAGCAUCUCCACACUGCUGGAGAAGGCCAAUGUCAAUGUUGGAAAGAAUCUAAACGAGCCUCUAGUGAUGUUUGGAGACAUAGCAGUGCCUACAAAUCUAAGGAAUGCAGAUCCGUGCACAGCUCGUGGCUGCCUGUGGCCUAAAGGCCCCGAUGGCAAUGUCUACGUGCCAUACCGCAUCUCCAAUCAGUUCUCACGGAGAGAGAGGGACUUCAUCAUCCGAAGCCUGGAUUCAUUCAGUCAGUCUACCUGCAUUCGCUUCACCCCCUUUGAUGGACAGAGGGACUUUGUGGACAUCCAGUCUCUGUCAGGCUGUUUCUCAUUUGUCGGGCGUCGUGGUAGAGCCCAGACAGUGUCUAUAAGUCGCCAAGGCUGUGUCUUCCAGUCAACCAUCCAGCACGAGAUGCUCCACGCCCUGGGCUUCAACCAUGAGCAAACUCGCUCUGACAGGGAUCAGCAUGUUCGCAUCCUUCUGGAGAAUGUUAUUCCUGGAAUGGAGCAUAAUUUCAGGAAAAUCCAAACAAGGAACCUUGGAACGCCCUAUGACUACAACUCUGUCAUGCACUAUGGAAGGUUUGCAUUCUCUAGAAACAGGCAGCCAACUAUUGUCCCCAUCCCUGACCCCAACGUCGCUAUAGGCAGGGCUACCCAGAUGAGUCCUGUUGACAUUCUCCGGGUGAACCGCCUUUACCAGUGCAAUUCGACUGCUUCGCGGUCUUUCCGGAUGCCUGCGCGAAGAUACCAGUUCGUCUAGAAAUAA